CAAACACACACACACACACACACGCGCGCACACACUCCCUCUCCGAGCCGGACAGCACAGCCCCUGGCCCGGCAGCCCGGCAGCGGAGGACACAUCCAGGCUUCCAGGCGCCCCCGCAGCCCAGCCCGCCGUGACAGUGGACCUAACGUCGCCUUACUUCGUGGACAUGGGAGACAUGGGGGAUCCGCCGAAAAAGAAGCGGCUGGUGUCUCUGUGCGUGGGCUGCGGGAACCAGAUCCACGACCAGUACAUCCUGCGGGUCUCCCCGGACCUGGAGUGGCACGCCGCCUGCCUCAAAUGCGCCGAGUGCAACCAGUACCUGGACGAGUCGUGCACGUGCUUCGUCCGGGACGGGAAGACUUACUGUAAACGGGACUACGUCAGGUUAUACGGGAUUAAAUGCGCUAAAUGCAAUAUCGGCUUCAGUAAGAACGACUUCGUGAUGCGGGCCCGCUCCAAGGUCUACCACAUCGAGUGUUUCCGCUGCGUGGCCUGCAGCCGGCAGCUCAUCCCGGGGGACGAGUUCGCUCUGCGGGAGGACGGGCUCUUCUGCCGGGCGGACCACGACGUGGUGGAGAGGGCGAGCCUGGGCCCCGGGGACCCGCUGAGUCCGCUGCACCCCGCCCGACCGCUGCAGAUGGCAGCAGAACCAAUCUCGGCCCGGCAGCCCGCGCUGCGGCCGCACGUCCACAAACAGCCGGAGAAGACCACCCGCGUCCGGACGGUGCUGAACGAGAAGCAGCUGCACACGCUGCGGACCUGCUACAACGCCAACCCGAGGCCCGACGCCCUCAUGAAGGAGCAGCUGGUGGAGAUGACCGGCCUCAGCCCGCGCGUCAUCCGGGUCUGGUUCCAGAACAAGCGCUGCAAGGACAAGAAGAGGAGCAUCCUGAUGAAGCAGCUGCAGCAGCAGCAGCCGAACGACAAGACGAACAUCCAGGGGAUGACGGGCACCCCGAUGGUGGCAGCCAGUCCGGAGCGGCACGACGGCGGCCUCCAGGCCAACCCGGUGGAGGUGCAGAGCUACCAGCCUCCCUGGAAGGUCCUCAGUGACUUCGCCCUGCAGAGCGACAUCGACCAGCCGGCCUUCCAACAGCUGGUCAGCUUUUCGGAGGGAGGACCGGGCUCGAACUCGACGGGCAGCGAGGUAGCAUCCAUGUCGUCUCAGCUUCCAGACACGCCGAACAGCAUGGUGUCCAGCCCCAUCGAGGCCUGAGCAGACUCCUCGCGGACGGACUGGACGGAACACACAGCCACUGCUCAGCCCACCCCCCCGACUGCACCUAGCAACCCCCUGGUUGUAUUUUGACACUGUGAAGACAAUCAUGGGAUUUUACCAUAGCCACCCAUAAUGUCCUGAGUGGGCAUUCGUCCGGACAUCAGAGUGUCCAUCCGCGCGUCAUCAUGGCCGGUGCUGCCCGCUCUCACGCCUGGUUACAGUUGCCAAAACGAGAAGACAUGAACAGAACUCCGCCGAUAAAUGGGACCUCUAAGUAUAGCAGAGACAUCUAUACUUGCAAAAUGCUGUGCGCUACUUUGAAUAGAAAACAAUAACUGGUGAUUUCUUUUUUUUUUUUAAUUCAUAAACGCACUUCAUCGUAUACCAGACCGCUCGGAGGGGAACAGCACUGCGUUUCUUCAUUUAACUACACCAUUUCCAACAUGACCCAAGUACUAAAGCAUUUGCAACAAGGUAUACCUCUAUUUUACCACAAGCUUCGUGGGACAUUUGUGUGAGUUAGUGUGUCCGAGAAUUUUUUUUUCUUUCCCAAAGAUAUGUAAAUUAAUAUUAAGUUAAAAAAAAAAAUACGGUUAGCUCUGGAAGAAAAUGUUUCGUUUGUUCCCGUGCAACAAAAAAUUAUUUAUUAUUUAUUGUUGAAAAAAUUGCCACCUUUUGUGUAACUUUCUUAACUGAAGUAAAAAAACAAACAAAAAGAAACAACGCAUGGAGUUUGGUCUGUGGGUUUUUUGUCAGAGUUUAAUGUUUCAUGUUUUUAGUCAUUUGCAUAAUAUCGGACAGUGAGGCGUCUGGUUUUGUUUUAUUCAGCGUGAGGUCCAGUAGAUGGAUGGACGCAGAGGCCACCGGGUGUCAUGUUGGUGCAGAGUUGUGUCAGUUUCACAACCGUCACUGCAAAACAAGAAUCCUAAAAGAAAAGCUUACGAAAUCUGAAUGGUUUUUAAAUACCAAAUAUCAAUAUGUGAAUUCAAUAACCAUCAUCUGUCUCCACAUCAGCUCUGGAGACAAGUGCAGUCUGACCCGAAUGACCAGAUUUUCAUGGUCCUGUGACUUUUUGCCAGAAAGCUGUUGUCUUCACCCAUUAUUAUAAUAAUCAUUAUGAUGCUGCUGCUGCUGCUGCUGAUGAUGACACAUUAAUGAAUUAAGAAUUUUCAGAAGCGCACUUCAAUGAUGAGACUGUUCAAAUUUGGGUCCAUGGACUCUCAGUGUAAUUUUCAACACCGCAUUACAAAAGAAAGAGCCACAGCCCUUUUCUCUUUUGAAUUUGUGUUUUUCAAAUUUGAUUGUUGUGUGAUUUGUAUUUUAAAUAUAUGAGCAAGGAUUUCUGUCAGAACUAAAGAGAUUGUGAAGUCUGCUGGUGUGAGAUUGAAGAUUUGAAGGAGUCCAGCCCACCUCUAGACGCCUGGAGGUUGUUUUGUAGUUCAGACCCUGGACACUCUCCUCUCCACAAUUUUGAGAUUGUUCACUGAAAUGUGGAAAAAAGUGAAGUUCCACAGAGACUGAUACGAGUGGAUGACUGUGUCAGUGCAUCACUGUUAAUACGGCUCAACAGAUUCCGCAGUGUGUCCUGUCCAGUCAGCUCUUUGUGCAUCUGCGUCUGCCGCAUCCACAUUGCUUUGCUGGAAUUGGAAUUUAUAGUCAAGGUUUACUAAAUGUCUUAGUCUGCAUUGACUUAUGAAUUGCUUUAUUUUAUCAAAACAAUCUUUUAAAUAUUGUCUCUGAGAUUAUUGUCCCUCAGCAGGGGCCACUUAAAAUCUCACACACAUUAAAAAAACCAAAUAUUACAAUAAUACUUGCAGCUCUGCUGGAAUAGAUAUAACACACUGUGAAUCAUUUUAACUCCCUCAUUUUACACAUUAUCACAGAUUUUCUUGGACAGAUGGAUACCUGAAAAUAUGUUUUAAUCUAGCCAACAAAACUGACCGAGGCUUUCUCCUGGUGUUCAAUCCUCUUCAAUUCUAAUAUUGUCAUUGUGCAUCUGUUACAAUGUCAUGACCGAACGUGAGUUUCCCCUCGUCUGCUUGUGUCCAGAGAGAAAUACACUGCAGGUGUUGUAGUAGGAUAUAACAGGAGACAGAAAGUACUGAACUCUGAGCCAGCAGAACAUGAAUACUGUACUUAACAUGUUCAUUUGGUUUCCCUAAAAAAAUCCACAUAUCCAGAAAGAGCAUAUAACUGUGAAACAAGAUUUAUUAUGUCAUUCAUAGCUGGAAUGUACACACGCUUUAGUUGUCCAGUUCACAUUCCAUGUAGGCUUCAACAAAACCAAGUGAAAAUAUGUCAUAGGUUGGAAUUAAGAUUGAGUCAACCCCUAAAAAUACCCUCAAACAACAUAAAGGCUGCUUUGGCCUUGGCAUGAAUGAAUUAUAGAUAAAAUGAUAUUAAGAGUAAUCUCAGGUUUGUUUCCAACAAUGAAGGCGAACGGAAUGUCAUCUUGGAAUUUAGUGUGUGGCCAUGAAGAGGGGUACUCUGUGAUAGCACCAUUUGUACCGACUGUAACCUUGGCGUGAUUUGCACUGCAGCUAAUGACUGAAAUUAGCAUUGGUGUAAGUCACACCAGCAGCUGGAUUCAAUGGAAAGUCUUCGGUCUUUUGGCUUGGUUAUAAUCAUGAAGUAAAUAAUGACUGAACACUG